AUAGUAAAGUUUAAAAGAUUAAAUCGUCGCCCUUCUCUUUCGCUGUGUCAUUCUUCGUUGAGCUUUUGGAAUCCCAGACAGACACAGACCACCAUAUCUACACAUAGAUAAUGCCUUCUCUGCUCUCUCACUCUUUCUUCUCUCUCCCAGAUUCUCUCUAGCAAUUCCUCUGCUUCUCAAUCCUUCCUCUUCUUCUUCUUCUUCUUCUUCUUCUUCUCCUCCUACGCUCGAUUCCCUCUUUCUCCCCAUGUUUUUCCCACAGAUUUAGCCCCUUCUCCCCCUCUCUUUCCGCCCUACAACCGGCGGCGAUGCACCGUGACCGAGGUGCGCUUGCCGGCGCUUCCAAGUUGGAGGUCACUCCUCUCGAUCGGAAGCGUAUCAACGAGGCUCUCGAUAAGCAGCUCGAGCGAUCCUCCCCCUCCACUUCUCGCGCGGUCCUUAACGGAAAGGAUAAGCCCUCCGCUGCUCAGUCGGUGUUAAUGGUGAAGCCGCCGUCUGAUCAGAGAGACUCUCGUCCUUCGUCUCUAUCUAAGACCAACUGUUCUGAAGAGUCUGAGACUGACAGUGAAGAUUCAGAUGUCAGUGGAUCUGAUGGUGAUGAUACAUCUUGGAUUUCGUGGUUUUGUAAUCUGCGAGGAAAUGAGUUCUUUUGUGAAGUGGAUGAUGACUAUAUACAAGACGACUUCAACCUUUGUGGGUUAAGCAGCCAAGUUCCAUACUAUGAUUAUGCUCUUGAUUUGAUUUUGGAUGUUGAGUCCUCUAAUGGUGAUAUGUUUACAGAGGAACAGAAUGAACUAAUUGAAUCUGCAGCUGAAAUGCUUUAUGGUCUAAUUCAUGCGAGAUACAUAUUGACAAGUAAAGGCAUGGCUGCUAUGCUGGACAAGUUCAAGAAUUAUGACUUUGGGAGAUGCCCUAGAGUUUACUGCUGUGGACAGCCCUGUCUUCCUGUUGGUCAAUCAGAUAUUCCUAGAGCAAGCACCGUCAAAAUAUACUGUCCAAGAUGUGAGGAUGUUUAUUAUCCUCGAUCGAAAUAUCAAGGUAACAUUGAUGGAGCUUACUUCGGAACUACAUUUUCUCACCUCUUUCUGAUGACAUAUGGACACCUUAAGCCGCAAAAAGCCAUUCAGAGCUACGUUCCGAGAGUGUUUGGAUUCAAGAUCCACAAGCCAUGAAACUGAAACUGAAACUUAAAAGCUUUCACUUGGGUGAGUUCUAUGCAUCUCGGACAUACUUUGAGAGUUAGUGUAGCUCUGCCUCCUAUGAGAAUACUUUGAGAAUUAUCUGCGUCUGAAUGUUAUAAUGAAGCAUUCGUCUACCCCUUGUGAAUGGAGGUGCCAAUUCUCAUGAUGAUGGCUCCUAUUUGGUGAGCUUCUUUAGGAUCUCCACACACCCC